CAAGAUGUGUUCGAGAUUUAAAAGUUGCACGUUGUUUAUGUUUUCGUUUCUAGGACUUGAGAAAUCUUAUUGUUUGUUGUCGUGUGCUUAGAAAUCAAUAGUUGGUUAAAUAUUUAUUAAUUUAACUUGAGGAAUGUAAUUAUAUUAAUUGCAUUUUAUAUUAGUGUGUGAUGUUUUUUUAAUUCAAAAUAGGGUACCGGUAUUUAAAUUAAAACAGAGAAUUUAAUCUGUUUCUUAAAAUAAUACAGCAAUUAAAGGAUGGGAACACAGGACUACUAAUACGAUAUCAUAAAUUUGAAUAUGUGCAGAUAACGAUAUUAAUUUAAUAAUGGAGAUGAAGAAUAGUAAUGAAAUUACUGAAGAUACUAAAGAUGUAGAUUUUAAAGAUGAUAAUGUAGAGAAAUAUUUUGAAGAUGAGUUUGAAUCUGAUUCUGAAGAUAACAUUCCUAAAAAAAAUGAAAAUAAUCAGAAAAGAAAAAAUAACAAAAAAGUUCUUCUAAAAAGAAGAUGGAGUGAUAAUCCAACAAUUAUUAGAAGAAAUAAAAUUAAAACUUCUAUUAGAGAUGUAAAACAUGUCUACAGUGCUAAAGAACACUCUUAUGCUACUGAACGACUUCUUUCAGCAAAGAAACAUGAACUUACUGAUUUGAAUAAUAGAAUUAAAGAUUUAGAGAGACAAUUAAAGGAAGUGCAUCAAGAAAAUAGACUUUUAAAAAGAUUUCAAGCAAGACAAGAAAGAGAAUUUUUUAAAAUUGAAACUGCAAAAGGAGAAUUACCAGAUAUUUUACAAUCACAUAGUGAAGAAGUAUAUGCAUUAAAAAAACAUGUGAAAAAAGGAAGAGAAAAAAAUAGAGAGUUGACACAAAGUCUUAAAGCUAAAAAUAUAGAAAUUCAGUUAUUAAAGAUGGAACUAAAUGAAUUUAAACAAUUAUGUGAAAAGAAACAACUCCCAGAAAGAGAAGAAUUGCAAAAGAAAAUUGAACAUUUAGAAAAAGAACUCUGUUAUCAAAAUGCUUCAGUUCAGGAGCUAACAAGAAAAUUGCAAUUAGCAAACAAAGUUCAUAAGCAGGAAAUGUUAGCUAAAGUAGCUCAUUUUAAACAAUCUCAAGAGCAAUUGACUCAACUUCAAGUUAAAUAUGAAGAACUGAAGUUAUGUUUAAAAGAAAAAGAACUGAAAUUAGAGAGAGAUUUUAUAUAUAGUAACAGACUGCUAAAGUAUCCUAGUAAUAAUAAUAGUAGGGCUUCAAAAAAUAAAAAGGAUGUUGAGACUAUUAAUUCAAAUUCAAAAUCCAGAUUAAAUGAAUCAGCUGAAAAGAAAAACCAUUUGGAAAUGUCACAGGAAGAGGAUGUUACAAAGGAAAAUGAAGGUGAAUUCAAAACAGACAGUUAUGAAUGUCUGUCAGCAGAAACUUCUGAAGACAGACAAGAGUCAUUAUUUGAGUUUUCAUCAGAAAAAAAGUCUGUAAUUAAUAAUAAUUUAGAUGAUUCAGAUUUAAAUCUUAAGUUAACAUCUUCAAGAGGAUUAAAUUCUUCAAUGUCGGCUAAUGAUAACAAGAAAGUUAAUCAUUUUGGACCUGUUUCUAAUAGUGGACCUAAAAGCAAGGAAUAUGAAGAUGAUAAAGUUAAUUCUGCAGGUAGUAAUGUUUCAUAUAAAUUAAAUGAAAAAUUAGAUGACUACCUAACAAAAACUAGCAGUGGUAAAUCUAAAGGACUAAAUGAGGAUAGGAUUAACUCUAUGAGUGAUAAUACAUCAGAUCACUUUAAUGAAAUAAAACCAGACAAAGAUCAAAAAGAUGCACUGCUAACUGAAUCUCAAACAUUAAGUAAAGAAGAAUCUAAUGAGGAUGAAAAUCAAAAUUUUGAAAACUUGUUGAGAAAGAGAUCUUCAAGUACGCCACGUGGUUAUUUAAAAGCUUAUUUAAAUGAUGUAGAGAAAGAAGAAAAUGAAUAUUCUUUUUAUGAAACAUCUUCAUCUAAAAAUAACAAGAGAGAUGUAAAUGAAAAUCAAGAAAAAUCAACUUUAAUUGAAGAACUGUUUGGCUCACGCAGUCAACAAUCUUCCUCACUUGGUGCUGAAGAUAAUGAUUUUCUCAAGCAGCUAUCACCAAUAAAAAGUUCAUGUAAUGAGUUUAAGUCACACAGUUUUGAUUAUCAAGACAAUUUUGAACAUCUUAAUGAUUUACAUAAAAAUUUGGAUGAACAUGAUUCAUCAAAUCAUAUUUCUCAACUCUUUCAACAAUCUGUAAACUUGACUGAAACUUCCAUAAGUAAAACAAGUUCAGAAAAUAUUUUCCGAAGAAAUUCUAGACACCAACACAGUUAUGUUGAUUUUUGACAACUCUGAUACUUAAUCAAAAAAAUUUUUUUGUAUAAUGCUUAUUGAAUUUGUUUGGCAUAAUUAGUAUUUAUAUUAAUAUAUAUUAUUUAUUUUAUUUUCACAUAAAAAUUUUAUUAUGUGAUUUAUUUA